AUUCGGAUAGGCGACAAGAUGUCCCACCGUAAGUUCUCGGCUCCCCGCCACGGAUCUCUGGGCUUCCUGCCCCGCAAGAGGAGCAGACGCCAUCGCGGGAAAGUCAAGAGCUUCCCCCGCGAUGACCCGAGCAAGCCCGUCCACCUUACCGCCUUCCUGGGUUACAAGGCCGGCAUGACGCACAUCGUGCGCGAAGUCGACAGACCUGGAUCAAAGGUGAACAAGAAGGAGGUUGUGGAGGCGGUAACGAUCGUGGAGACCCCGCCCAUGAUCGUAGUGGGCGUUGUGGGCUACGUCCAGACCCCUCGUGGCCUCCGCUCCUUCAAGACCAUCUUCGCCGAGCACAUCAGCGAUGAGUGCAAACGCCGCUUCUACAAGAACUGGUACAAGUCCAAGAAGAAGGCCUUCACCAAGUACUGCAAGAAGUGGCAGGACGAAGAGGGCAAGAAGCAGCUGGAGAAGGACUUCGCCGCUAUGAAGAAGUACUGCCAGGUCAUCCGCAUCAUCGCCCACACCCAGAUGCGCGUGCUUCCCCUGAGGCAGAAGAAAUCUCACCUGAUGGAGGUGCAGCUGAACGGGGGCUCCAUCGCUGACAAGGUGGACUGGGCCCGGGAGAAGCUGGAGCAGUCUGUGCCCAUCAGCAACGUCUUCACCCAGGACGAGAUGAUCGACGUCAUCGGGGUCACCAAGGGCCACGGCUACAAAGGUGUCACCAGCCGUUGGCACACCAAGAAGCUGCCCCGCAAGACCCAUCGUGGUCUGCGCAAGGUGGCUUGCAUUGGGGCGUGGCAUCCUGCCCGCGUUGCCUUCUCUGUCGCCCGUGCCGGUCAGAAGGGCUACCACCACCGCACCGAGAUCAACAAGAAGAUCUACAAGAUUGGCCAGGGUUACCACACCAAGGAUGGCAAGGUGGUGAAGAACAAUGCCUCAACUGAGUAUGACCUGUCCAACAAGAGCAUCAACCCGCUGGGCGGCUUCGUGCAUUACGGCGAGGUGACCAACGACUUCGUCAUGCUGAAGGGCUGUGUGGUGGGAGUGAAGAAGAGGGUUCUCACCCUGCGCAAGUCCCUGCUGACACAGACAAGCCGUCGCGCCCUGGAGAAGAUCGACCUCAAGUUCAUCGAUACCACCUCCAAGUUUGGACACGGCCGCUUCCAGACAGUUGAGGAAAAGAAGGCGUUCAUGGGACCACUCAAAAAGGACCGCAUUGCCAAGGAGGAGACUGCCUGAAGUCCCUGCUGCCCAGCUCUGUCUGUCUUGUCAUCACAGUGCUACAGAGUUAUUUAAUAAAAGACCAAAAAUUACA